AUGUGCCUUUUAUGCAACAAAGUUUUGGGCAAUGACGCUAUGAAGCCAUCUAAACUGCAAGAUCAUCUGAGAAGAUGCCACCCUGAUAAAACAGAGAAAGAUUUGAAAUACUUUCAAACACUCAAAGAUAAAUUUCAGAAGAGACCUACACGUCACAAAGAAAUGAUGAUGGUUUACGGGCGUCUUACAAUAUCUCCAAAAUCCGAAAAACCGCAUACUAUCGGAGAGAAGUUAAUUGUGCCAGCCGUUGAAGAGGUUUUAAAAACUGUUCUACACAAACCUGCAUCUGAUAUCAUUAAAAGAAUUCCCUUAAGCAACAAUACUGUUGAAAGACGUAUUGAUGAAAUGAGUUCUGAUAUUGACAGCUUCUUAUGUAAUUAUUUGCAAACGACCCAUUUCUCUAUACAACUGGACGAGUCAACUUUACCUAAUAAUGCAGCAUUAUUAUUGGCAUAUGUUCGUUUUAUUAUGAAUCAAGAAAUCUACAAAGAACUGCUCUUCACAAGAACUUUGAUAACCGACAUUGAAAAAGCAAUUCCUUUAUCAAAUAUAAUAUCAGUAGCUACAGAUGGAGCACCUGCCAUGGUUGAACGUUAUCGUGGAUUUAUAAGCUAUUUAAAACAAAAUACGUAUAUGUCAGGGGUGUUAGCAAUACAUUGCGUCAUCCAUCGACAACAUUUAGUUGCUAAAAAUUUGAGUGUUAGAUUGCAUGAAUCACUUCAUUUAGUCAUUGAUGCAGUAAACCGAAUCCGAAGCAACGCGUUGAAUACGCGGUUAUUUACGCAGUUGUGUGAAGAAAAUGACGAACACUUUCAUCAAUUACUCCUUCACACUGAAGUACGCUGGCUGUCGAAAGGCUUAUGUUUGACAAGAUUUUUUGCACUUGUUGAGACUAUUUUAGAAUUUCUGUAUACUAAAGAUAAUAUUUUAAAAUAA